GGGGCCUGGGCGCGGCGCCAGCCGCGUGGGCCUCGGGGCGCUCGGCCAGGGCGCCUCCUGGCUCUUGGCCUUCUCCUCCUGCGCUGCGGUCGUGGUUGUGGCGGCGCGGCGGCGGCUCCGCAGAGAGAGGACGCUGCAGCAGGGCAUCGCGGACUUCUACGACGCGUCCUCGGGCGUCUGGGUGGAGAUCUGGGGCGAGCACAUGCACCACGGGUACUACGACGACGGCUCCUGGAGGUCCCUCGAGGAGCACAAGGCGGCCCAGGUCCGCAUGAUGGAGGAGAUGCUCGUCUGGGCAGGCGUGCCGAAGCCAGGCGCCCAGGACGCCCCAGAGUCCGUGCUCGACGUCGGGUGUGGGGUGGGCGGCGCCUCCAGGUUCCUCCAGAGGAAGUUCGGCGCCAGCUACGUCCAGGGCAUCACGCUGAGCCCCGAGCAGUGCCGGAGGGCGCGGCUGAUGUCGGAGCAGGCGGGCCAGGGCUCGGCGUGCAGGUUCGAUGUGGCGGACGCCCUGAACAUGCCCUUUCCCGACAACUCGUUCGAUCUCGUGUGGUCCCUAGAGAGCGGCGAGCACAUGCCAGACAAGCCGCAGUUCAUGGCGGAGAUGGCGCGCGUCUGCAAGCCCGGCGGUCGCGUGAUCCUCGUCACCUGGGUGCACCGGACACUGGGGGACGGCGAGGUCCUGUCUGCCAGGGAGCGUCGGCUGCUGGCGAGAAUCAACAGGGCAUAUCACCUGCCAGAGUGGUGUAGCAUCGCGGACUACGCCCAGAUCGCCGAGGGCGGCCUGGGGAUGGUCGGUGUUCGGACCACGGACUGGACGGAGCAGAUAAAGCCCUUCUGGAUGGCCGUCAUCCUCACGGCGCUGCAGCCGCGCGGCUGGUGGGCGAUGGCGCGCGGUGGGCUCGAGACGCUGCGGGGGGCGUUGGUCAUGCCCCUGAUGGACCGCGGCUACCGCACCGGAACCAUCAAGUUCGGUCUUCUCACAGGCCAGAAGCCUUCAUUGCCCGCCGGAGCGGCCGACGCCGCCGGCGGCCUCGGCGUGCGACUCCCGGCCGCAUCUGUGGCCUCGCGGGCGCCGGGGGCGGUCCGCGUCCGACGCGGCCUGCUCUGCGGAGCUGGCGCUGCCGCAGCGGUGCUGCGGAGCCCAGGGCGUCGCUGCCGCGCGUCGCGGCGCCGCGCCCUCGUGCUGCCGCUGGGGGCCAGCCAGCUCAGGGCCUUGUGGGAUUUUACGCGGCCGCACACUCUGGUCGGGACGCUCAUCUCCAUCCCUGCGCUGCACCUCUUCGCAGCGGCUCCAGUGCUUCACGCGGCCACCCCUGCAGCUCGAGCUGUCCUCGGUUCCCAGUUGGCGUCCGCGGUCGUGGUGGCGCUCCUCCCCGCUAUGCUGAUGAACGUGUACAUAUCCGUAACUGGCCUCAACCAGAUUUUCGACAUCGAUAUCGACAAGCAGAACAAGCCUCAUCUGCCUCUCGCCUCCGGCCGGCUAUCGCUGCCGGCUGCCUGGACUGUCGUCGCCAUCGCGGCAACGCUUGCGGGCGGGCUAGCAUGGUGCCACAUGGGGCAACCCGGCAGCGAGACCUUGAUGGGUAUUCUCGUCUCUUCGUUCGUUCUGGGCACCGCCUACUCCGCCCCGCCCUUCCGGCUCAAACGCUCGCCAUUCUUGGCGGCCUUUUGCAUCGUGGUGGUGCGUGGCCUGAUCGUCAACCUCGGGUUCUACUCCUACGCGAGCAUGGCGAGCGACCUGUCUCCAGGCGUGGCCUUGGACAGGCGGAGCCUGGUUGCUGGGGCGUUCUUCGCCAUCUUCGGUCUUGUCAUCGCGUUGAUGAAGGACGUCCCGGACGUCCUUGGGGACAGGUCCGCGAACAUCCGCUCCCUCAGCGUCCGCUUUGGGCCCGACAGGGUGUUCGGCUGGGCCGCCGCGCUGCUCGCGGCGCUGCUCGCGGGGACCUCCCUCGCCCUCGCCGCCGCGGGAGUCGCCUGCCUCGUGCCGCCGGGCCGCCAGCCGGGUACGGCGCUGGCGCGAGGCGCGGCUGCGGCGGCGGCCCUGGCGUGCUGGCGGCUGCUGUGCACCAGGUGGCGCGGCGUGGAUCCGCAGGACCCGGCGAGCCGGGGCUCGGCGGACUCGUUCUACAUGCUCGUGUGGAAGGUGUUCUACGUCUCGUACCUUGUGCUUCCGCUGGCGCUCUGACGCCCUGGCGGUUCGAUUAUUAUUUACUCUCUGGUUCCACUGGGGACGCGGGUGCCAGUCCGCGGGCGCUGUGCGCCUCGGGGUCUGUUUGGCAUUCGCCACGGCGGCGUGGAGCGCCACGUGCUUGCACACACGCACUUGCAAGCCAUGAUGUCCAAGGAGGAAGCGCCACCCCGACCUCCAUAGCUGGCGUCAUCUUCCAUAUCCAGGCUCUUGAUGGGGAAUGGUGGGGCGUUCAUGAUCCACUAACCGCUACCGGGCAGUACUGCAGCAGUAGCGGGCAAGUGCUGGCCAGCAACGUACAGUAGACACGCAGCACAGGUGCUGCAUGAUGGAGAGGACGGCUGCUCUCUGCGGCCUGAUGGCCUCACGCGGGGGCGGCUGGGCCGUUCUCGCCGAAUUUUUCUCCAAGCGCGUGCGGCUUCUUUCGGGUCGUUACCCCGGCCAUUUGCGUAUUCGCAGCGUGCCCGCGCUCAUACGUAGAGAGCUGCCCCCGAAUUGUCUAGCCUGUGGGUGCCGUGGGAUAUGUGCUUGCCUCGGAGCCGCAAA